AUGAAUUUCCGUUCAAUUUCUCUCGUUAUCGGGCCGAUUGACAGCCUAUUCUGCAGAAUCCGACGAGUCAAAUGCGACGAAGUCCGCCCAUCAUGCAAGCGAUGUUCUAGUACUGGUCGCAAAUGUGAUGGAUACGCUGCACCCAGACAAGAACCUGUCGCCGCUCUACUCGUGGUAACGACGGAGACGUACUCGUCCUUCGAAUGUGACCGUCGGGCACGAACAGCCUUUCAAUUCUUCUACGAAGUUUGUGCUCCGACUCUGCUCAAUUAUGGAGGUCAAUCCUUCUGGAACAGGCUCGUGCUACAAGCCUGUCAUGUCCAUUUGAGUAUUCAACAUCUCAUAAUUGCGGCGUCGAGAUUGGGAUCCCACAAUGGCCAAAUGAUGGACUCUGUGUCAGCCACGGAAGACCCCGUCUUUCUGUCGCAUUAUGGAAAGGCAUUAAAAAUGUUAAGUCAGGCUAGAAGUCCUGAUCCCGGUCUGGUUCUCAUGGCAUGCCUCCUCCUCAUUCUCUGCGAUGAAUUUCAACAGAACUCUUUCGCGGCACUUCAGCAUAUUAUAGCGGGGAGGAAAAUUUUAGCCGCAUAUGGUGCAGACCGGUCUAUCCCACGAAAUGCAACAGUCGAAGAAAUUGGCCUCUUAUUUUCCAAGUUGGAGUUAUACACAACAGAAUUCAAUCAGCAAACCGUACCCAAACACACCUGGUGGCCACUGCCGACCAAUACAAAACAAUCCAAUAUCCAGUUUUUCGCCACUCCCCCACAUACAAGAAUGACGAGCAUCCAGGAAGCGGCAGAUUCUCUGCAAGCUAUCGCACUUGAGUGCGUAUCUCUUCAACUGGGCGGACGACCUCCUCCAACCAGGUUCCAUACAGUCCCGCCUCUCACCACCAAGCUCAACGACUGGCUCGACAGCCUCAGCGUCUUCGAGGCAAAUAUGCAUUCGAAGACAGCGUCCCAAAGUCUGACCGAACUCCAUCUACUCCGAGGGUAUCAUUUAUGUCUUCACGCGGUAUCUCGCUGUGCACCAUUUGGAGAGGAAGCCGCGUUUGAUCUCUACGUAGGGAGUCUGGAAUAUGUUGUCGUCAGUGCCGGCCUUCUACUACCAUCGGCGCCACUGCGAUUACUUCCGAUGGUAUUCUUCGUUGCGACGCGGUAUCGAAGUGCGAGCUUCCGGAGGCGCGCGAUCGAGAUGCUUCGUCAAAGCGGCGUCGACGGUCAAAUCCUCGCGAAGAUUGCUCUCAGAGUGGUCCGAAUUGAGGAGCGGAAUAUUCAUGAUCCCAUCGUUUGCAGUGAUAUCCCGGAAUCAAAUCGCAUCAGAUUGAGCCAUCUCGAUAUUACUCCCGACGGCGGAUUUUAUCAUGUGCACUACCGACAUUUCCCCUACACCGACCAGACGCCUUUGGAACGUUUCUCGGUGCCGACUCAGGCUUUUGCAUCGGCAUCCCCGCUCCCGCUUUCGAACCAUGCGUCCCAACUUCUCAUUGCUGUUCUCAAAUUCGACUUCAUGAUGUUUUGGAAUCUCGAAAACCCUGCAUUUUCUUUACCUCGAUACUUCAAACUAUGA